GCCUCGGCGCAAGAAAGAGAGAGCGAGCGAGCGAGAGAGAGACAAAAUAAGGUCGCUUUUGGAACAACGACCACUUCAGUCACUGUUGGGGGGUUUUAAUCCGUCUCUUUCGGAUUACAAGUCGAAGACACCGACUCGAGAGGAACCGGAAGAGAGAAGGUGGAGGUCCGGCAAAGAAGUGUCUUGCCGAUUGUUGUGGGGGACUGAAGUCGACCUCGGCGGCCACUCAUCAGUUCAUGUAAUGGAAAAUGCAUCGCCUGCUCUGCCCUGCAGCUGCAGCACGUCAGCAUGAGCGGCGGCAGUAAUUCGCUUCAAGCCUCGAGCCAUUAAACCCCAGGGACUGCAUUUAACGGUGGAUGCUUUUAAAUGCAGCCUUUCCUGUCAAGAAGGGCGCUUGAGUCCGAGCGGGAUAUUUAAAACGCUGCGUUGGAUCCUGACGUCAAGGAAAUAAAUGGGAAAAGUUGGAAAACGAACUCCCACUGCUGCCAUCUUUAAACUCUGAGAUCUGUCAGCAGGUCCACACUGCAGUUAAAUUACUUACUUAGUAGUUACUGUGGAAUAAGUCUUACAUGUAAUAACUGGAUACUAAGCUUGGAGUCACUUGGCAGUUGAGUCCCAGAUGUAGACUCGCUCUGAAGCCCUUGUGGCAUGAUGGAUCAGGGUGUCCGUAGCCGGCCUGACCAGUGUUAACCCACCAGGCUCCGGCAGCCUGGAGCCCAGUAACCUGCACCCCUGUGCAUCCGGAUCUAUUCUAGAGAUGGGUAUUUUAACCACUUCUGCUGUUUGAAUAUCUGCAUCAGCUGACCUACAGAAGGACAGUGCAGAGUCUCAAAACCUAAAUAGUGCGAGUCUGUCAUCUUUUUGUUUGACAUUUCCAUAUACUGUUUUACUUUCAACAUAAAUCGAGACCCAACUGUUUGCUUCCCAGCAUUCGCUGCAGUUCUACACAGUCAAAAACGUAUUUAAAGAUUGCAAGAUCUUGUAAUUACCUUCAUUUUUUAAUUCCAAACUACACAUGCCUUACUCAAACACCCGGUUACUUCAGCAGACGCUAAGAUGAAUUCAUAUACCUGUAUAUUCAAAUAGUCACGCCCAUCCAUAAUCCUUUUCACAAUGGCCCAGACCAGUUUACUGCAGGGCAAGCGCUUCUAUUGCCGGGAAUGGGUUUUCCACAAGAUCCAGCAUUGCCUUCAGGAGAAGACCAACAACCUUGUGGCUGGCACCCUGGGAGGCUCCAGUGGACCACCAAACCCUGGGGGUGGACCCUCAUCUGGAACAGGGAAGUCAGGUUCUUGGGGGGUCCUGCUGGUUGGAGGCCCAGGCAGUGGUAAAACAGCACUGUGCACGGAGCUUCUUUGGCCCAGCGCUUCACAAGGCGCCCACCGGGGCCUCCACCAGCUCUGCUUGGCUUUCCACUUCUGCCGGGCCGAGGACGCAGACACGGUGUGCUUGAGCGGCUUCGUGCGAGGGCUGGUUGCACAGAUCCGUGGAGGUGGGCUCGUCCCGCAGUACGAGGAGAAGAUCCGUGACCCUGCUGUCCAAAGUGCCCUGCAGCCUGGAGAGUGCGAGAGGAACCCCAGCGAAGCUUUCAAAAGGUGUGUGCUGUUGCCGCUGCUUAGCUGUAAGCCCCCCGCUCAAGCCUUGUUCCUGCUGGUGGACUCUGUGGAUGAGGGGGUGAAGGCUGGAGAGGGAGAGUCCAGGUCCAGCUCGUCCAGCCCCCGGAGCAUCGGAGAGCUGCUGGCCGCCCACCAUGAGCUCCUACCACCCUGGCUCCUGCUUAUCUGCUCCGGACGCAGACAGAACAAGAACAUUACUAAACUCUUCACAGGUUUCCGCAAGAUCAGUCUGGAUGACCUGCGCAAGGCAUACAUUGUUAAGGAUGUUCAGCAAUACAUCCUCCACAGGCUGGACCAGGAGGAGGCACUACGGCAGCACCUCACCAAGGAGACUGCGGAAAUGCUGAACCAACUCCACAUAAAGAGUAGUGGAUGCUUCUUGUACCUAGAGCGCGUCCUCGAUGGCGUGGUUGAGAAUUUUAUCAUGCUCCGUGAGAUCCGUGACAUCCCAGGGACACUGAAUGGACUCUACCUAUGGCUCUGCCAAAGACUGUUUGUCAGGAAGCAAUUUGCCAAAGUGCAGCCCAUCCUUAAUGUAAUUCUGGCUGCCUGCAGGCCUCUGACAGUGAAGGAGCUUUACCAUGCUGUCUGGACUAAAAACAUGACCCUGACCAUGGAGGAGUUUCAGAAAAAGAUGGAUAUCCUCUCAAAGUUACUUGUGGAUGGACUUGGAGGUACUAAGAUGCUCUUUCACUACAGUUUUGCUGAGUGGCUUCUGGACGUUAAGCACUGCACUCAGAAAUACCUGUGCAAUGCUGCCGAAGGCCACCGAAUGAUGGCCAUGAGCUACACUUGUAGAGCCAAGCAGCUCAAACCUCUGGAGGUGCAGGAAUUUGCCCUUCACCUGAUUAACUCCAACCUCCAAAUAGAACCCUUUAACUUGGCCUUGUGGAUGGUGUGGAAUGGCACACCUGCAAAAGACUCCCUUUCCACAUCCAUACCCAAAGAGCAAGAGGUCUUGCAACUGCUGGUCAAAGCUGGAGCCCACAUCAGCAACGAGGAUGAUCAUGCUUCAUGCAUUGUACAGCAAGCCCUGGAACGAGAGGAUUCCAUUCGCACUCUGCUCGAUAAUGGGGCCUCUGUCAACCAAAGCGACUCCAGUGGGCGAACCCUGCUGGCUAAUGCUGCAUACAGUGGCAACCUAGAUGUAGUGAAUCUGCUCAUCUCUAGGGGAGCCAACAUGGAGCUUGAGGACAACCACGGGCAGACACCCCUCACACUUGCGGCUAGGCAAGGCCACACCAAGGUCGUCAACUGCCUGAUCGGCUGCGAUGCCAACAUCAACCACACAGAUCACGAUGGAUGGACUGCCUUAAGGUCUGCAGCUUGGGGAGGUCACUCGGAAGUGGUCUCAGCUCUCCUCUAUGCAGGUGCCAAGGUUGACUGUGCAGAUGCAGACAGUAGAACUGCCCUUAGGGCAGCUGCAUGGGGAGGUCAUGAGGAUAUUGUCCUUAAUCUCCUCCAGCAUGGCGCAGAGGUCAACAAGGCAGACAAUGAAGGAAGGACUGCACUCAUUGCUGCAGCCUACAUGGGACACCGAGAGAUUGUCGAGCACCUGCUGGACCAUGGCGCUGAGGUAAACCAUGAGGAUGUCGAUGGACGGACUGCACUUUCUGUUGCAGCUCUUUGUGUGCCUGCUAGCAAAGGUCACGCUUCAGUGGUGAGCCUCCUUAUUGACCGUGGAGCUGAAGUGGACCACUGCGAUAAAGAUUGCAUGACCCCUCUUCUUGUCGCUGCCUAUGAAGGACAUGUGGAUGUGGUGGACUUGCUUCUAGAAGGAGGAGCAGAUGUUGACCACACGGACAAUAAUGGGAGAACUCCCCUGCUUGCUGCAGCAUCCAUGGGACAUGCCUCUGUGGUCAAUACUUUACUUUUCUGGGGUGCUGCUGUGGACAGUAUUGAUAGUGAAGGAAGGACAGUGCUUAGCAUUGCAUCCGCUCAAGGGAAUGUGGAAGUGGUCAGAACUCUGCUGGACAGGGGCCUGGAUGAGAACCACAGAGAUGACGCGGGCUGGACACCCUUACACAUGGCCUCAUUUGAGGGACACAGGCAGGUGUGUGAUGCCCUCAUUGAACAAGGUGCUCGAUGCUCAGAGGUGGACAACGAUGGACGAAUACCCUUGAUCCUGGCUGCUCAAGAGGGUCAUUAUGAUUGUGUACACAUCCUUCUUGAGAAUAAAUCUUGCAUUGAUCAGAGAGGGUAUGACGGGAGAAAUUCUCUAAGGGUGGCAGCCCUGGAAGGACACAGAGAUAUUGUUGAACUGUUGCUGAGCCAUGGAGCUGAUAUAGACUACAAAGAUGCAGAUGGCCGCCCAACUUUGUACAUACUGGCACUUGAAAAUCAGCUAGCCAUGGCAGAGUAUUUCUUAGAGAAUGGAGCGAAUGUAGAGGCGAGUGAUAUGGAAGGCAGAACAGCGCUCCAUGUUUCGUGUUGGCAGGGCCACGUGGAAAUGGUGAGGUUGCUGAUCAGCUACCAUGCAGACGUAAACUCUUGUGACAAUGAAAAGCGAUCUGCACUUCAGUCUGCCGCGUGGCAAGGCCACUCGAAAGUCGUCCAGUUUUUGAUUGACAGUGGCACUCACGUUGACCACACAUGUAAUCAAGGGGCCACUGCACUUGGCAUUGCUGCUCAGGAAGGGCACAUUGAUGUGGUCAGGAUUCUACUAGAACAUGGUGCAGAUCCUAAUCAUGCAGACCAGUUUGGCCGCACAGCCAUGAGAGUUGCAGCAAAAGGAGGACACUCAAUGAUUAUCAAACUCUUAGAGAAAUAUGGUGCCACAAGUCUCAAUGGGUGCAAUCCCUCACCUAUACACACCAUGGAGCAGAAAACCCCACUGUCAGUCACAGGAAAGAUGCAGUCACUCACUAUCAAAUCCAGCAGUUCCGGCAGCACGGGAGCAGGAGACAUUCAGUCAACAGGUCGAGGUUUAUCAAACGGACCUGUUCAUGCUUUCAGCUCUCCUUCAGAGUCUCCAGAUUCCACAGUGGACAGACAGAAGUCCUCCCUCUCCAACAACUCCCUCAAAAGCUCAAAGAACUCUUCACUGAGGACCACUUCAUCCACCUCAACGGCCCAGACAGUGCCCAUAGACAGUUUUCAUGGGCUUAGCUUUACAGAACAGAUCCAGCAACACUCACUGCCUCGCAGUCGCAGCAGGCAAUCUAUAGUCUCUCCUUCUUCGACAACCAAGUCCAUUGGCCCACAGCCCGGAUCUCCUACAAGUGAAUUUGACUGGAGUCAGGUGAAACCAGGGCUAAAGUCCUCUAAAGGAGGAAAGAGUGGGAACGGAACAAAUAAUAGUUCAAAAAAGGAAGGGGUUGGAGACAAGAAGAAAUCAAAGAAUAGCAAUGCUCCUCCACAGAGUCAGGUUUUGGAGUACGAGAUGACUCAGUUUGAUAAAAGGAUCACUCUCAACAAGCCAGUGUCAAACAUCGCAGUAAAGGAUCCGCACUGUAAGAUAGUGUUGGGAGGCUCAAACCCUCUCGAUUCUGGCCAGUCACAGGAGCCGUUUUACAUCCAACAGCAGAGUUGUGCAGAGAAGAAGAGAAAUGGGAUCAUGACCAACCCCAACUACCACCUGCAGGGAAAUCAAGUCUUUUUAGGGAGAGUCUCGGUCCCCAGAACUGUGACCAACAGGGGACAUCAGGAAGUUCUUGACAGUUAUCCAAUAGGGGAGACAGAAUUAAGCCUUAAACAAGCUCUGAAACUGCAGAUUGAAGGAUCAGACCCUGGGUUUAACUACAAAAAAGAGACGCCAUUAUAACUGACUUCUUGAACUGAAUCCAUCAUCCUGACGUUACGGAGAAUGUGCCAAAGCAACUAUUUUCAUCCGCAAAAAGAUCUGGGGUUGUAUGUAUGAAAUUUCUCAGACCAGUAGUGCUUGAUCUAGGAUCAGAUUUUAGGUUUUCGUGUCCUAACACAGUUGAAUACAGUCCAAUAUAACAUAAAUACUGUUAGACCUCCAGAGAGGAUCUGCUUGUAGAUCAGCACAUACGCUCUGAACAUUAUAUAUACGAUCCCAGAAGUCAUUGCUCCACCGCCCUAAGUGGAACACCUCAGAGGAAAUAAAAAGAAAGAGGGAGGAAAAAAAGUGAAAACCCAAGGGAAGAAUGUCGACUGCAGCAGAAAGGCUAAUAUGAACUGAAUUUCUAUGUGCCUACCGAUGUUACAGCCUACUCAUAUUCAUGCACACCGUCAUUUUAAUUUAAUGUAUUGAUAUUUAAUAUGCAGUGUAUGCACUUUUAUUUUGAAUAGAGAAAACAAAUCCAAAUCACUUGUGUUCACUUUCUUUUUUUUUCUUGAUUUUUGGUGCUUGUUUUCUUUUUUCUUUUUCUAAAAUCAAAGUAAUUGUUCAAAAUGUACAUUUCGUGUUUAUGAUUGUUUCAGCGUCCAUGUGUUAAUUCGCUGCCUGUAUAAAAUGUGCAAAAAGGACAGCAGUGUAACAGUCAAGUAUGUUCUCUUUUCUGGAGAAAAAAAUCAAAAAUAUCAAUAAUAUCUG